AUGGAGGAAAAGUAUCAGCAACAGUUCAAAGAAGUUUUUUCAGUCUUCAGGUCUACACUUCGCACCACCUACAACAACAAUGAGUGUGUCAGGAUUGUGAUGGUGGGGAAGACUGGAGCUGGGAAGAGCGCCACAGGAAACACCAUUCUGGGACGAAAGCGCUUUAAAUCAGAAUUUGCUGCUGAAUCUUUGACCAAAUUCUGUAAAAAGGCUUAUGGUGAGGUGGAUGGACAACAGAUUGCUGUUAUCGACACUCCGGGCCUGUUUGACACCAAUGACACUGAAGAGAAAACAGCUGAUGAUAUUGCUCAGAGCAUUUCUUAUGCUUCACCUGGACCUCAUAUCUUCCUGGUCGUCAUCAAACUGGGCAGAUUCACAGAUGAAGAAAAACAGACAGUGGAGAAGAUUCAGGAAAUCUUUGGUGAGGAAGCCAACAAAUACAGCAUGGUUCUCUUUACCUAUGGUGACCAACUCAAAGGGAAACCUAUUGAGAAGUUCUUGAAGGACAGCAAAGAUCUGCAGGAACUUGUGGCCAAAUGUAACAACCAGUACCAUGUGUUCAAUAAUGAUCUGGAGGAUCGUUCUCAGGUCAGGGAGCUGCUUGAUAAGAUAAGACAUAUAAAUGCAAAGAAUGGAGGAAGCUACUACACCACCGAAAUGUUCAAAAAGGCAGAGAGAGUGAUAGAAGAGGAGAAACAACGUAUCCUGAAAGAGAAAGAAGAGCAAAACCGCAAAGAGCAGGAGAAACUGAGGAGGGAAAUAGAGGAAAGGUAUGAGCGACUGAUAAGGGAGAACAGGGACAUGAGCAAAAAGUUGAACGAUGCUUGUGAAAGAGAAAAGGAGGAGUUAGUAAAACAAAUGAAAAAUAUACAGGAAAUGGUGGCCAGACAACAAGCUGAGAAAGAGACCAAAUUAUUCAAACGGUUUAUAAAGUUUGUUAAGCGCACUUUUACACGAGUGGUGCAGCAUGUUCAGAAAUGA